AUGCAGGCAGUUGCAGACCCAGCAACGAUUUACACCAAGCAAAACUGCCUUGGCGGCGGCAGCUUUGGUAAAGUCUACAAAGGAGUCGACAAGCGCACCGGACAAUCUGUUGCAAUCAAGAUAAUAGAUGUCGAAAAUGCCGAAGAUGAGGUGGAGGACAUCAUCACCGAGAUUUCUAUCAUGUCCACCAUGAACUCGCCUUAUGUUACCAAAUACCUGGGCUCAUAUCUGAAAGGAUCCGAUCUAUGGAUAGUGAUGGAGUUUUGUGCUGGUGGUAGCUGCUCAGACCUUUUACGGCCAGGAAUUAUACCCGAAGACUACAUUAUGAUUAUUAUUAGGGAGUUACUGCUAGGUCUGGAUUACCUCCACAGUGACAAGAAACUACACCGGGAUAUCAAAGCUGCAAAUAUCUUGCUGAGUGGGAAUGGCCAAGUGAAGCUCGCUGAUUUUGGUGUCUCUGGUCAGCUUAGUGCUACUAUGACGAAGAAGAAUACAUUUGUGGGAACACCUUUCUGGAUGGCACCCGAGGUCAUUAAACAGUCUGGAUAUGACUACAAAGCAGAUAUCUGGUCCCUUGGUAUCACAGCUAUUGAGCUGGCUACUGGGCAACCGCCUUACUCCGACAUCCAUCCGAUGAAGGUGUUGUUUUUGAUUCCCAAGAAUAACCCUCCGACACUUCAAGGCAAUUUCAGCAAAAUAUUCAAGGACUUCGUGGCUUUGUGUCUUCGACGCGAUCCCAGGGAGCGACCCACAGCAAAGGAGCUACUCAAGCAUCCAUUCUUGAAGAAGGCCAAACGAACAACAUAUCUGACAGAGUUGAUUGAGCGACACGAGCGCUGGCAAGCCAUCCACGGACGUGGCACUCCAGAUGACGAUGACGAUCGUGCACAACAACCACCGCCGUCGAAACCUACCCCAGACGAUGAAGACUUAUGGGACUUUGGAACAGUUCGCCCGGCUGGCAGGAAUGCCGGUCUCCAAGCAUUGAGCGGUGCAGCAGCAAAUGUCCGCAAUCAAAGCCAUGAGCCAUGGUCCUCAGAAUCCAACCGAGUAGUUAAGAGUGAAAGUGAUGCGGUUGAAAACAAACCCAAAGAAACUCUCCGUAUCAAUUCUCCACCACAAUCUCCUACAAGGCAAAGGACUUCCAUACCGAAACCUCUAUCGUCCCCAACAAAAAUUCCGCUGCCUCAAUCUCCACAAAAGUCGCAACAGUCUCGUGCUUUUCCUGGAACACCAUCUCGCUUGGAUAAGUCUUCAUUAACCAACAAAGAUAAUGAUAGCCCUUCUACAAAAGACUACGAUAAAGCCCUUCAACAAUCGCUUGCUUCUGACUUGACCUUUUUGAAUCUUGCUGGGUCACCAAACUCUACCCCAUCUCGGCCACAGUCUCGACAGCAAGGAACUCCUACCCCUGCUCCUGCCGAGAAUAUAAGCCGCAAGCCAGUGGGCAGCCAAGUAUCGGCGCCUUACUCCCGGGUUGAACAACAGCCUCCUGCUAAUGUUCCCCCGGCCCCGAAUCCAGUUGUGCAACGGGUCGCUGGGCUCCCCGAACAAAAGGCUCUUCCUGUAUUUCAACCCCUACCUUCAUUGUCAGCGCCUCAGCCGUCCCGAGAAUUGGACUCAUCAAGAAACCCGGAGAACCGAAGGAGGAGCGUCGACUCUCAAAUAUCAACAAUAUCAACCUCGAGUAACCUCAUGUCUUCUGCAUCCAGUGCCGGCGCGAACGCUUUAAGUCGGGAGGUUAUCAUCCCAGCUCUUGACCAUGCGCUUCACUGCCGAACACGGGGUCUCAAUAAUACUCUAGCCAUAAUGGCUCAAGACCCCCAAGGAAUGUCAAAGGAAGCCGCACACCGCCAUCAAUAUGCCCAUGACCGAAUCAAAAGACUAGCACUCAAGGCUGCUAGCAUCUUCAAAGAGAUAGAUAGAUUGGAUCAGGAGGCACCUGUCGAUAUGGAAAUGGGCCAGUCAUCGACGAAUGAGGCAUUUAUCGAUGCGCUUAUGAGAUACUGCGAGGUUGAUACCGCCGAUCCUGAGGCAGGUAACUAG